GAUCGCUUAAAAAACACAAUUUUAAUAAGAUAAUUACUCCUAUAAUUCUUCUUUAGUUUGGGGGAGAUAAUCUGCUACUUUUAUGUAAAGAAACUGUCCUCUACGAUCAAUCACUAUUCGCAGCUCUUCCUAUCAGAAAAUCAGAACAAACGGAACGGCGUCUGCAGCAGUUUCGCCUCACCCUUGCAUCUUGUUCAUUCUUUUGUUUUGUCCUGUAUCUUGAAAUUAGGUUUUAGGUUUCAGAUGCGGGUAUGGAAGACGAUAAGGGGAUAAAAUUGGAGGAGCAGGAAAAUGGGAACUGUUUUGGUAGUGGGGAGUGCUUUGGAUGUUUUGAUUUGCAAGAUAAAAUGAAAAAGGCCAAUGACAAAUGUGCGAAUCUGGAAAUUGAUAUUGGAAAGAAAAACUCUAUAAUUGAACGUCUGGAGUGUAAGGUUGGCUUUAUGGAACUGGAAAAUAUCGAAUUCCUGGAUGAGGUAAGAAAGUUGAAACAGAGGAACGAAGAGCUUGAAAAGAGCAUUCGAGAUAGUGAGGAGGAGCAGGAGAAGUUUACUCAUUUGAUGAUUGAGAAUGAGGUUUUGUUGUGUGAGAAGAGGAAAGCUGAAAGCGACCUUGAGCGAUGGAAGUUAAAAUGUAAAGAAAUGGAGGCUCAGGUAAUGGAGUUGGAGAAGAAACUAGCCACUGGAACAACAAAGGCGGUUCGAGAUUCGCAAGAUAUGUGUUCGGGGAAGAUAAAUCAUCGAGGUGGUUCACUAUCUGGAUUUAAUGUUGAAGGUGGGCAGCCAUCAGCUUUACGGGCUGCAACGGAAAAUGAAGCAAAUAACGGCAGAUCCCCCGCUAGCAGCCCGUCUAAUCAUUAUGCCGAUACGGAUGGAUUAAAGGGAAGCCAGAAAUGUUUAAUCAAAUCAAGAGUCAGAAAAUGCCUAGACUUUGCUGCGGAAAUAAGUCCUCUUCAGAAAUCAUCUCCCUCGAGCCCUGGCAGUAGGCCACCUCUUGAACCUAUUUAUGUUGGUGACAGCGAUGAUGAUCUUGACAUUGUCCAUGUAUCUUUACCUGCUGUUGAUUGUGACAAACAGAGAAAGGUUCAGAGGUCAAGCGGUGUUGCAUUAGAGUCUGUGGAUGUAGAGGAGUUGCCCUUGAAAAAUAUGCAUGGGGCAACUGCUGAACAUCAGAGCGAUGAAGAGGAAACUAGUUGCUCUACUGCUGGACAACCAUUUCGGAUGCAUAAGAGGAGGAAAGUUGGGAAAGUAGUUGCUCAAAUAGUUAGUAGUGAGAGUGAAAGCGAUGAUAAAAUCCCAAUUUCUAGACUGGCACGUCGUCGUGAUACUCAGUUAAGGAGAAAAUCUGUUAAUGAUUCUUGUUCUGGGGACAAUCCCAGAAAAGUCACCCCCAGACGACGUUUGCUGAGGGUUGGAGAUAUUAAAGAUAACAGUGUUUCGGGUAAAUGUUCUCAGAGGAGCUCUGGAAACCAGGGUGAUAUAGGAAUAUCAGAGAAUAUGAAUGAUACUCUACUUGAAGAUGAAAUCGAACAAGAUGAGUCAACUUCUGAAGGUGAAAGUUUGGGUGGUUUUAUUGUUGAUGUAUCAGAUUGUGACUCUGGGUCCAACUGCAAUGACAUGUCUGAACAUGAUGGCUCAUUCUCCGGGGAUUCUUUGGACAAAGCUGAAAGUGCAUCGGAAUGUAGUAUAGGAUAUGAUAAAAUCAUAUCUAGUUUCCGGAGGGGGAGAAAGGACAAACUGAAGUGGGAGUAUGAAUCAGAUAUGCUUGCCGAUUUUGGCAAGUCCGCUGAACUAUGUAUGAAGGCAAUAUGUGCACUUUAUCGCCAGCAAACAUCUGAGGAGAAAUCUUAUAAAGCAACCAUACACCGCAAUGGACGAGGGUUCAACCAGAUGCAUGCACCAAGUGGCAGUGCCUUGGCUGAAUUUCUUACUGAUGGAAACCCCCAUGCUGACAUGAAUAAGACAGUGGAAGAGCUGCAAAACAUCGAUCCAAAGGGUGUUGAACAGUGCCGAAAAUUGGCGACUCACUACUCUAAACAGUUAUUCGAAAUCUACAAGCAAGAAGAGGAUCCCUUCUUUCGCCCUUGAUAAACUGACUGGCUUGCGUAGAAUGCAUGAAGUAGAAAACUCAGGUUUUUGGUGUAACAAGUUGUAUUUACUUGUUACUCUUCAAUGUAUAUAUAUGCCUCUUUUGGUGUUUGUUGUUAGUCUGAUGGUUAAAUGUCUGAUAUGCCAUGGGCCUGUUUGAGAUUAUUACUCUUAUAGUAGGAAGCUAAUGUGCUAGGCCUCUUUUAUUUAUGCAAAUGUAGGUUCUGAACUAGUUAUUUUGACCAAUAUAACAUGCUUCAUGUUGCAAGAGAAA